UUUGUUGUGUUUGUUUCCUCUCCAGGACAGAGGACCCUGCAGUACAAGAGUGAUGUCCUUGAGACAGUUGUGUUGGUGAACCCGUCAGAGGAAACUACUGCUUCAGAGGUAGGUGUGACUCAGACAUACCUGACAACUGAGGGCUUCUGCCUUCACAGAAAUGGUACGGUUGAUGUUUCUCAAUGGAAACCUUUUUUGAAAAGAAACUGCUUACUGGUAGAUUUGAUCAUGUCAAUCAACAGUGUUAAUAAUCCACUAUUGUCCUUUUUUUCUUCUAUUUGUCCCUCUUCUCCUCCCGUCCAGAUCCGCUCUCUGGUCACUGACUCUGCUGGACACAAGCUACUAGUCCUAAGUGGCCAGAGCUCUGAGCAGGGAGGUGACAUCACACUGCAGGGUGGAGCCUUCACCUGGAGACACUUAUCUGACAUCAUCUCUGAUCCUGGAGUAAGAUCAACUGUUCAUCAACACUUUACUAUAAGUUGACGUUACACUGUGUAGUUACUCUGUUAUUAUGUUGGUAGUAUUCAGACUGGAAUCUCUCAAUCAAUAUUUGUGAUUCUUUCAUUUAGGGAGGGGUUGAUUCAUUUAAAUAUGUUCUUGUUAUAUGCUCAAAUCAAAUAUUGUUUUGAUGAAUAUGUAUACUUGCUAUUAAAAUAUUUUUCUUUUCUUAAGCUAUGCCUAACAGUGUCUUUAUGUUGUGUUGUGGUUCCACCUCCAGGUGACUGAGGUCCUGUCCAACUCAGCACCGGACCAGCGGCCCAGGCUAACAGUAUCGUGCCUGGGAGACGGGGGCUGGAGCUCACUGGGCCACAGCCAGGAGCAGCAGCACUUCCAGAACCUUCUGGAAUACCGCCUGAACCCUGAGCCUGCGCUUCCCGACAUGGAGGGAGUCGCGGAGUUCACAGAGUACGUCUCGGAGACGGUGGACGUCCCGUCGCCCUUUGACAACCUGGAGCCGCCCACAUCGGGCGGUUUCCUGAAGCUGUCCAAGCCCUGCUGCUACAUCUUCCCCGGAGGGAGGGGCGACUCUGCCCUGUUUGCCGUGAACGGAUUCAACAUCCUGGUGGAUGGAGGGUCCGAACGCAGAUCCUGUUUCUGGAAGCUGGUCAGGCACUUGGACAGAAUAGACUCAGUCCUGCUGACCCACAUUGGGGCGGACAACCUCCCAGGCAUCAACGGGCUGCUCCAGAGGAAGAUUGCUGAACAGGAGGAGGAGCAGUCCCAGGGAUCUGGUGGCUCCAACACCUACGGCGACUGGAUGAAGAACCUGAUCUCGCCCGAGCUCGGUGUGGUGUUCUUCAACGUCCCCGAGAAGCUACGAAUGCCUGAGUCCACGCUAAAGGUCAAACGGAGCAUUGAGGAGGCAUCCCUCACACUGCAGUAUCUCAACAAGCUUGGCAUCAAGUCAGAACCCCUUUACAGGGUCGUUAGCAACACCAUUGAGCCCAUCACGCUUUUCCACAAGCUGGGCGUUGGCAAGCUAGACAUGUACAUUCUGAACCCUGUGAAGGAGAGCAAGGAGAUGCAGUUCCUUAUGCAGAAGUGGGCUGGGAACAGUAAGGCCAAGACUGGGAUUGUGAUGUCCAAUGGCAAAGAAGGAGAAAUAUCAGUCCCUUACUUGACCUCAGUAACAGCUCUUAUCGUGUGGAUCCCGCAUAGUCCAACAGAGAAGAUAGUCAGGGUGCUGUUCCCUGGAAAUGCACCGCAGAACAAAAUAUUGGAGGGGCUUGAAAAGCUGAAGCACCUGGACUUCCUGCGCUACCCAGUGGCCACUCAGAAAGACAUAUCAUCUGGGGCCCCGCCUCCAGUCAUAAAACAAACAAAGAUGAGAUCAAGAACAGAAAGCAAGGAGAGCCUGAAAUCUUCCACCAAAACACAGUUGGCCUCAAAAGCCAGCAAGAAAGAAGCCAAAGGGCAGGAAGAGGAGUCCAAGAGUGACUCGGCUAAAGAGAACAAAAUUGAAAAGAAAGAGGAGAAGAAGGAGAAGAAGGUGAAGAGUGAGAGCGCCAAAGCUACCAAAGCCACCAAAGCCACCAAACAACAGCAAAACAGCGACGCAGCACCCGAAGCAGCCAAACUGGAGAAAAAGAAGCUGUCCAAGGAGAAAACACUGAGGAAACACUCCAAGGAACGACCAUCCAAGAUGGAGGAAAAAAAGGACAAAGAGAAGAAAGAGAUCAGUAAAGUAAAGAAAGAGGACAACAAACGUGAAGUAAAGAAAGAUGAUGCUACUAAAAAAGAGGAGAAAAAAGAAACAAAAGCAGUGAAGGAGGAGAAAAAGAAGGAUCUGAGUAAACCAGAGCUGAGGAAGAUCACCAAACCAGACCUGAAACCCUUUACACCAGAAGUCAGGAAAACCCUCCAUAAGGCCAACAAGACACAGGCCAAACCCAAGACGGACAAGACAGACAAGACUGACAAAAACAUAACAGCAAAACCGGUCAAAGAGAAAACAGCUGAGAAAAAGUCUGUCCCAAAGAAAGCCCCCCAAAACGCAGCUGCUGCUUUGGCAGGCGGGUCCGUUGUAUCCUCUCCAGAAGACCUCACCAAGGACUUUGAAGCUUUAAAACGAGACGAGCUCUCGAAGCUAGUGAGUGAACCCAUUCAGAAUGAUGUCAUGUCUGGACGUCCAGCUUUCACAGACUCCAAACUCCCUGAUGAGGGGAUAACAACUAAAUCCCCAGCCAAACUUGGAGAGAAGUUUGAGAAUGAGGGUGCCGACAUGGAUGAUGAUGAUGAUGAUGACGAUGAUGAGGAGGAGUACAACAAAGAGAGUGAUGUACUAAAGAAAGGUGCAGAUGUCGGGAAAUGGCAGGACGUUAAAAGAAACGCUGGCGUGGAUAGGAAAUAUGAGGAGGAAAUGGAGCAAUACGACGAAUACUCUACUAAGGGAGACAUGAAUUCAAAGAAGAGCGUCAGCUCAGAAGAGGAGGGUGACGUUAUCGAAAAAGCAGAUCUGGAGGGAACUGAGGAUGAUGAGGAUAAAUACAACACAGAAAAAGAUCAAAAAGAAUGGGACACCAAGUCAACCGACUUUAAAUCGUUUUCAACUGCAGUCGCCUCUGGACAAACCACUACCGCUGCCUCUGAGCAAGUGUCCUUCAUCCAAGAUGAGACUAUUCCCGGUUAUUCCGAAACGGAGCAGACCAUCUCCGAUGAGGAGAUCCAUGAAGAACCCGAGGACAGGAUCCCACACCUCCGCUACGACGUCGCUUCCUGCGACAUCUCCGUUCCCGACAUUCCGGGAUCCUUUGACUCUGUGCAUGGUGUUAGGGAGAUGAGAGCCUCGGCUACGUCCGACGCCUCAGACUUCAAAGGCAAAGGCUUCGUGGGAAGACAUGACCAAGUGUUGGCAGCCUAUCCGAGCAUCAUCGCAGCUCCGCUCGCCGAGGAAGAGCACAUCUCCUCAGCCACGUCCAUCACAGAGUAUGACAAACUGUCGUCGUUCGCCACCUCCAUGGCGGACGACCAGUCCAUCGCAUCGGUGACCGCCCCACAGACAGAGACAGAGACAGGGAGGAGCUCUCUUCGCCUGGACACGAUCAACAGCAUCCCCUCCCGCACUGAGGCCACCCAGGGGAAGGACUACCUCCACUCGGCUGGAACCAUCUCUCCCACCUCCUCUCUGGACGAAGACAAGAACUUCAAUUCUCCUCCUUCGAAGGAGUACCAGUCUUUUGUUCCCGAGAUGGAGGCUGGGAGAAAGACCAAACCCGUCCAUGAGGAGUAUGAUGAAGAGGAGGAUGAAGACGAGGACCAGACUCCCAACGUUGAUAUCCCCUUGGGGAAACUCCAAGAGGGCUACGAGCAGGCAGCGGCAGCCAUGUUACUCCAGGACAAGGAUAAAUCGCCCUCCACUGCCUUUGCGCCUCCUUCUCCUCCCUCUUUCUCCAGUGGGUUUAAGCUUAGCUCCAUGUUUGAGGGUGAAGAGAGAUGUCUUAGCCCAGACGACAGCACCGUGAAGCUGGCCUCACCCACCCAGUCGGUCCCCACCAGCAGUGGCUACUCCCCCACAGAGGAGAAGAAAGAAGAUAAAAUGGACAAAACUAAAACUGAGCUCCAGCAAAUGAGGCUCUCUGUUGACAAGACCCCCUUUGAAAAAUCAGAUGAGGAGGAGGAUGAAGAUGAUGACUAUUAUGAGAAAAGGGAUCUCAAACCCUGUGUUAAAGCUAAGUAUUUGGAACAGAAGGAGGGUAGGUUCUUGGACGAUGAAUCACCUCAGGAAGAGAAGCUGUCUGAGAGGGACAAAGGACUUGCAGAGGAUGACAUCAAGUCCAAGUAUCUGCAGAAGAAACCGGGGUCGACAGACGAGACACAGUUCUCUGGUUACAUGGAGCAAACAGCCAAACCCCAGGUCAUGCACUCAGACGAGCAAGACGAGGAGGAGGAAGAUGAGGAAGAUGAUGAUGUUGUUCACCCAAGUGGAACAGGGUCUAGAGCUUUAUCAGUAGAGCAAAGUAAGUUGUACUCUGAAGAUGACAAAAAGGAUGCAGCAAUAUCCAGCAAAAAGGACCAUGUAACUUUGAAAGAGCCAGAGAAAAGUGUCCAGUUUAAUCUGUAUGAUUUCCCGGAGCGAGAGAGUAAAGAGAAACGCUCAGAAGAAGAGAUAAGACAGGACACCCCGUACGUACACGGCAAGACUUUCUCUUACAGUGAUAUCUAUGACAACAAAACAAGCUCAGCAGACUCAUAUUCAAAUGGAUCCAGUUAUCAGAAACUGGACCAGUCAGAAAAGAUGGGGAAGGACAGUAUGAAGGAAAUGGACACACAGAAAAAGGACUCUGCUUUCCCCUCAGACAAGGAGGGGUUCACUAGCUCUCAUGGAAAAGAUGUAUCUUCCCCUUCCCCCUUUCCAUGGAUCCAUGGCUCUGAAUCCACAGAGAAGAUAAGUGAGCCAUGUGGAUACAGCAGAGAGAGCAGAUUCCCAUCCAUGGCUGAUAGACCAGAGGCUUCAACCACAUCCUUAUCAUCAGAGAGAGACUCCUUCUCUUAUAAAGGUCACAGUGAUUACACCUCUGUAACAGGUAGUGCUGCAGCCAAACCCUCUUCAAUGAGCUACCAUGACAAAGAGGUGGAACUGGAGAUAGACAUGAGGAAGUUAACAGCCAGGGACGAGGAAGACUACGAUGAUUAUGAUGAUGAAGAUGAUGAAGAAGAGGAUGAGGACGAUGACGAGGACGAUGCCAGUGACUCAGACAUGGAGAAAGGUGCCAAAGAGAAAUCGGAAAAGGUAGUCAAAUGUCCUUUCAUCCACGGUGUGAGCUCAAAACAGCCCCAGUUUAUGGUUUCCAUGGCUGGCUACGGUUACAACUGCCAGGCAAAGCCGCCUACGCCAGAGGGUGUGAGCUCAAACGAGCCAGAGUUGAUAGUUUCCAUGGCUAGCUAUGGUUAUAACGGCCAGACAAAGCUGACUUCACUAGACGGUGUGAGCUCGAAAGAGCCAGAGUUGAUAGCUUCCAUGGCUGGCUAUGGUUACAACAGCCAGGCAAAGCUGACUUCACCAGACGGUGUGAGCUCGAAAGAGCCAGAGUUGAUGGUUUCCAUGGCCGGCUAUGGUUACAACAGUCAGGCAAAGCUGACUUCACCAGACGGCGUGAGCUCGAAAGAGCCAGAGUUGAUGGUUUCCAUGGCCGGCUAUGGUUACCAACAGUCAGGCAAAGCUGACUUCACCAGACGGCGUGAGCUCGAAAGAGCCAGAGUUUAUGGUUUCCAUGGCCGGCUAUGGUUACAGCAGCCAGGCAAAGCUGACUUCACCAGACAGCGUGAGCUCAAAAGAGCCAGAUUUCACAGACUCCAAACUCCCUGAUGAGGGGAUAACAACUAAAUCCCCAGCCAAACUUGGAGAGAAGUUUGAGGACGAGGGUGCCGACAUGGAUGAUGAUGAUGAUGAUGACGAUGAUGAGGAGGAGUACAACAAAGAGAGGAAUGUACUAAAGAAAGGUGCAGAUGGUUACAACAGUCAGGCAAAGCCAACUUCUCCAGACAGCAUGAGCUCGAAAGAGCCAGAGUUUAUGCUUUCCAUGGCGGGCUACGGUUACAACAGCCAGGCAAAGCCGACUACGCCAGCUUCUUCCACCACCAGCAAAGGUGACAUGGGCACCACAGCGUUGUCUGGGUACUCCUCUGGGUUUGAUAAUUCUUACGGUGGGGAGAAAGACUCAUUCCAGUCCAGCCAGAUGAAGGACAAAGAGGGAAAAGACGACUAUUUCCACAGCGAGAGAGCUGACGGUGGUAAGAAAGCAGGAGACACAGUAGGAGUCUCAUCAGGCUUCCACUACACCACUACCUCCGCCACGGCAUACUCCUCCUCCUCUUCCUACAGCUACUCCUCCUCUACGUCCGGUCCGUCACUCUCCACCAGCCGGCAGUUUGGCGAGGAGCUGGAGACCCCAGCCAACGCCUCCGACCACAUCUUCAAACAUGAUGCAGACAGUGCUGGCUUCGAGUACUCCUCCUUUAAAGAUGAACAUGCCUCCUUUAAAGAUGAACACGCCUCCUUUAAAGACGAACACGCCUCCUUUAAAGAUGAACAUGCCUCCUUUAAAGAUGAACAUGCCUCCUUUAAAGAUGAACAUACCUCCUUUAAAGACGAACACGCCUCAUUUAAAGACGAACACACCUCCUUUAAAGACAAACACUCCCUGGCCAAGGACUCCUCCCCCUUUCCCAGCUCCAGCGGGAUGGUGAAGGACGAGUACCUUGAGGUUUCGGAGAAGCAGAUGAUGACGGCCACCACCGCCACCGCUGAAUCCACCUCCAGUCUGGCCCGCUUCUCUCCUCCCAGCCCCUUCGAUGAGAUCAAACCUUUCCACUCGCACUCCUCCUCGGAAGACAAAAAGGAGCAUGUUGCCUCGAUGGAAGGAAGCGUUGUGGACAAAAGCCCCCAGUCGGACUGCUUCUAUAAACCGGGAUGGGCAGAUGAGUCCAAGCUGCAGGCUGCAGGGGGUUAUGGGCCUUUCUCCCAGUCACCCAAGGAGAAGGAUGCCAUCACCACAGGUUUGUUUGGUGUCACCUCGUCCCCACGGCCCGACUCAACAGGCAAGCAUUACUUUGAAAACUCUGACAGUAGUGAGGAAGAGGACGAUGAGGAAGGUUACAUGCGUGAGAUGGGCCUGUCCUUCUCCGAAAAACACGGCAGCAGCACUACCACCUCCAGUAAGAUAGAUGGCGCUGGUCUCCCUGAUGUGCUCACCUCAUACAUGCCCUCCUCCCUGCUGCCCACCAAGCCAGACACAGUCAACGGUCCCACGGAGGUCAGCAGCAUGAGCUCCCCCAUCAGUGCAGGGGCAUCAGCCAGCAGUGUGAGCCCAGGUCUGGGUACAGCUGAGGACAAAAAGGUGAGGAGCUCAUAUGAGUGGGACAUGCAGAAGCCUCAGAUGGACAUGGUUCCCGGCGACUCCCCACCUCAUUACCGCCACGAGGAAGAGUUUGAGGAGGAGUGCGAAAUGGAACCAGAGUGUCCUGCCCGCCCGCUCUCCCUCUCCUCCACUGAUCACACCUUCCGCUCCCCCUUCUACGCAGAGGCGUCGAGCCGAGGAGGAGCAGGAGGACGAGAUGAUGACGACGACAGUGACCCGGACCUCCCUCCUGACAUGUGCAUGGGCGCCUCCUCCUCCUACACCUCCUCCUCCAAAGCCUCCCCUGGCUACUCCUCCUCGGAGCACAGGCAGCGCAAAGGAGACCUCUCGCCCUCCUUCAUCAAUCCCAGUAUGCAACAGCAGUCCAGCGACGAGGAGGACGAGGAGCGGGGAUGCAGGAGCGACCAAUCGCAGGAAGGGGACCAGCACGACCUGUCAGUCAAGAAGAGGGCCAACAAACAGCCCCACCACCCCCACUCCCAGGGCGGCUUGAUCCCCCACCCCGGGGCGGCUGGGCUGGGGUUGGCCAGAGAAGAAACCCCCCCAACCUCCGUCAGCGAGUCUAUACCGUCGCAGUCAGAUUCAGACAUGCCCCCAGGGACAAAGGAGUGCCACAGCAACAUGGACUCGGACGAGGACACUGAGUACCUGCCUGUGGAUAAGUUCUCCUCCAUGGGAGGGGGCCACCAUCACUCCUCUUCCUCCUCCUCCUCCAGGAUGAGCCCCCGUGAUCCCCCUCCCGCCCCCCUUAUGGACCCCUUCCCCAACCCCCCUCACCCCGACGUCUGCAUGGUGGACCCGGACGCUCUGGCUAAUGACCAGAACCGGGCAACCUCCGAGUCGCCCCUCAAGAAGGACCCCAAGACGAAAGGCGUGCGGAAGACAGGGAAACCCAAGUCGGCGUCUCCAGCUCGCCGUAAGCGGUCCCCCAUGCCAGUGAAGCAGUUGCCGUCCCCUCGCAGCGCCUCGCUGAAGAAGAAGGAGACAGAGAAGAGCUUGAGGAUGUCCCAUCUGUCGGACGGACAGGGCUCCAGAGACGAUGACCUCUCCAGGUCCAGCUACAACGCCGGCAAGGUGGCCAACGGAGUUAAGAGCACCUCAGGUAACAAGGGUCCCCAUUAUACAGUAUAUUUAUUCAACAAUCGUAUUGUUAUGUUAUGCAUAAUAUGACUAGUAGUAUACAGUACAGUACAUUACACAUUGCACAACAUAGCACAAACAGAUCUGGGACCAGGCUAAGUCAAGGCUGCUAGGCUGUGGAAAGUGAUUGAGAAAAGGAAGGAGGAAAGGAGCAGUUGGAGCAGAGUUUAAACCAGCAACCUUGUGGAAAGCAUCAACUCAUAUGGAAACGUCUAAGCACUGACUCCUUGUCCCCUAGGCUCUCAGAGGUCCAGUUCCGUGGUUCCCCAAGGCCCUCCUAUAUACGUAGACUUGGCCUACAUCCCCAACCACUGCAGUGCUAAGAACGUGGACCAGGAGUUCUUCAAGCGCGUCCGCUCUGCAUACUACGUGGUGAGCGGGAACGAUGUGGGCAAUGAUGAGCCCAGCCGAGGGGUCCUGGACGCUCUACUGGAGGGCAAGGCCCAGUGGGGAUCCAACCUACAGGUAACAAAUCACUACCAUAGAAUUAGAUGGAGCUCAAUCUUUCAGUUGAUGGAUCAAUACAUCACCUGUACAUGACAUUCAUUCCCUAUGCAUCUUAACUAACUAACUAACUAACUAACUAACUAACUAGCACACCUGACUACCUGUGGCACUCAACUCAAACAGCAGAGUGUAGCCUACUGUAGCUCCUGGCAAAGUAAUUCAAAGCCUCUACUUUAUCACUCAGGAUGGAACUUUCCAGUGCUACUAUGUUAAAAAAAGAGGGGGAUCCCAGCUUUCCAUUGUUGCCAUGUUUAUUUCCCUAAUCCUACAAUUGCCCGCGUGGCAUCAUUUUAGAAAUGCAGUUACAACCGGAGUUUCAAGCAUGGUGUUGGCACAGCUGUGCAACAGAGCUCUUAAAGGGGCAAUGGCAUACUUUGUAAUAGAAACCCCCCAAAACAAUAUUUUUUCGAUUGAAUAAUAAUUAAUAAUUGUAAAUAAUAAUAAUAAAUAAUAAUAAUAACAAUCAGGAUGUUGUGUCCAACGGGGUAAAUACAGAUGGACAAACCCCAUGCUUCAGCCUAUGUAUGUAUUUAUAGACUUUAUGCUGCAUCAGUUGGGCUACAGGUGAUAAUGCUUAUUGCUAAUAGCACAUCUGAUAAUAUAGACCAGGGACGGGCUCUUUUAUAGGCCUGCGGAUCAAGGGGACUGGAAUUGGUCAAACUCGCAGUUUAAUACAUGUACAAAAUUAUCCUCUUUCCAUAAAAGCAUGAUGGUCAUGACUUUUUACAUGAAAGGGGAAAUGAACUUGGCCACAGACAAUCAAUCUGAGAUCGACUUAAGUUUCAGUCAUGGGAUUUCUUGUUUGCUUUAACUGAUUAAAUCACUCCAUCUUUCGCCUUCUCUCCUUUCAUCUCUCCCUUCUCUCUCUUUUGUUCUCCUCUUCUUCUUCUCCUCUGCUUUGCCUACUUUCUUCCUCCUAUCUCUAUCCAUUACCUCAAUCUCUCUGCCCCCCUCUCUCUUUCUCGCUCUCCUGCAGGUGACGUUGAUUCCCACCCAUGACACAGAUGUGACUCGGGAGUGGUACCAGCAGACCCAUGAACGACAGCAGGAGCUAAACAUCAUGGUCCUGGCCUCCAGCAGCACCGUGGUCAUGCAGGAUGAGUCUUUCCCCGCCUGCAAGAUCGAAUUUUAA